GGUCAAGACCUUGUUUUCGUGUUGUGGAAUUUUGAGGGAUUCGUGCCCUAUUUGGCGCGCCACGCGUGAUCCUCUGACUACACACUGUUGUCCUCUUCAAACGACACAUGAGCGACAGUUCCGUCAUUGCGCCGAAGGAUUCUUCGUCACUGUACUGUGCACAUGCAAAACGACAACUGUGAUCCAUCAUGCCUUCGAUGCAAUCCAGUGAUGCAUGACAAGACACCACGCGAUCUUUGCAGACUUCUAUCGUUUAUUUCUCGAACGAUGCGAGUUGUAGAACGCGCGGAACUGAUCACCCCACAUUCCUAAGAAAACUCGAUGCACUGUGAUGAUACUUGUGACUGCUUAGGAAGUUCCACUGCGGUCGUUUCUCGGAAGAUUGGGUAGCAGACAUUGGAGGGAGGGGCUGUAACAGUAGGAAAGCAUGGCUAAUCGGUACUUCCCCAACACUAUGCCAGAUUAUUCAUUGAGUUUGGAAGGCUCAGAAGCGGAUUAUUCAGUGAUGGAUCCUGACACGCUGCUGGAGGUCGCCAUGUCCAUCAAAGAUGAGGUGAUACAAGCAACAUGGAUACGAAAAGGCCGAAGGGUUUCUGACCCCAUUCUCUACACAGGGGUGUUGGGAACAGCUUUUCUGUGCUUUAAGGCAUAUCAAAUUACAGGAAGCAAAGAGGAUCUCACACUCUGCAGCGAGAUCGUUGAUAGUUGUACCGUUGCCGCUAAAUCUUUGCACAAAUACGUCACUUUUUUAUGUGGGCAGCCAGGCAUAUAUGCCUUAGGAGCAGCAGCGGCAAAAAGCAGCGGGGAUGAGCAAAGUCUUCAUCGAUAUCUUCAGCUUUUCCAUAAGGUUUCCAAAAACCAAACUCUUGCUGUGGGAGCGGAAGAGGGUGGUAUGGGAAUGCCUUACGAACUUUUAUAUGGACGUGCGGGGUUCUUAUGGGCUGCUCUCUUUGUCAACAAGCAUGUCGGCGAGGGGACCAUUCCUUCGAGCACUACGGGUCCCAUAGUUGAUGCGAUUUUAGCUGGCGGACGAGCUGGAGCUUCACAAACACAGUCUCCAUUGAUGUAUCAGUGGCACGGAUCAAGAUAUUGGGGAGGAGCACAUGGUCUGGCUGGUAUCAUGCACACUCUCAUGCACUUUCCCUUGAACAAAAAAGAUGAAGAGGAUGUCAAGGGAACACUACGAUACAUGAUCGCGCGCCGCUUUCCUAGUGGCAACUACCCAUCCAGCGAGGGCAAUGCAACAGACCGGUUGGUGCAUUGGUGCCACGGAGCACCUGGUAUUGCCAUGACUUUGUGCAAGGCGUCUAAGGUAUUUCCUGAUGAAAUGGAGUUCCAACAUGCAGCAGUUGAAGCAGGAGAUGUCGUAUGGAGUCGAGGUCUACUUCGGAAGUUGGGCCUCUGUCAUGGGAUCAGUGGAAAUACCUACGUCUUUCUGUCUUUGUACCAAUCAACAGGAGGGAAACAGCACCUCUUCAGAGCUCAACAAUUCGCCACUUUCCUUCACAAAAACGCCAGAACGUUGAUCGAGUCAGGAGAGAUGCACGGCGGUGACCAUCCCUACUCUCUGUUUGAAGGCUUGGCAGGAACUGCAUGCCUCUUUUUUGACUUGACAAAACCAGAGAUGGCAAGAUUCCCUGCUUAUGAGCUUUAGGCCUGCUUCACCAAAUUCCUAAACCUGUAUAGAUAUGAUAUCUGACGUUGGAUCAUUGGAGUCAUUGCCUCAUCUUCAGAUGAGAUAGUGAGGGUAUAUAGAGUAACAGUAAGUGUCUGUCUAUGUAUCUGUUAUGUAAAGCACAAACCCAAAAUUGUAUAAUUGUAUAAUCGCAGCGAUUUUAUAAUACUGAACAUAGAUACGAACAACACUUAAGCUGAAAGAAGAUUAGUGAUAUGAAAGUACAAUUGCAAAUGAUAGUGAAGUUAGGAGUGAAUACAUACAAAAGAGUUACUUAGAAUGUAUAUAUGUAUUGGCUUCGGCAGACUGUAUUGACAAUAAUGAUAUUGUGCCUGUUUAAAGUUUUUGACAA